AUGAUGCGCCUCAUCCAUACACCGACUAUGCAGCUCAAGGAGUUCAUCGGCCAUAUACCUCAAUACGCCAUACUAUCUCACACGUGGGGUUCCAAUGAAGUCACGCUUCAAGAAUUGCAAAGAGGGAGUUUUUCAUUACAGUCAAGACCGGCUUUUCGCAAGAUAGAAGCCACAUGCAUGCAGGCUAUGCGCGAUGGGCUUCAAUAUGCAUGGGUAGACUCAUGCUGCAUCGAUAAGACCAGCAGUGCGGAGUUGGGUGAAGCUAUCAACUCCAUGUAUCGAUGGUAUCAGCAGUCCGAAGUGUGUUAUGCACACCUUGAAGAUGUUUUUGAUAAUCGACUGGUAGACAAGGGUAUAUCCUCGUCACCUUUCGCGACUAGUCGGUGGUUUAGUCGUGGAUGGACGCUACAAGAGCUUAUUGCCCCGAGGCAUGUCGAGUUCUACAACGCCGGCUGGAAGAAGCUGGCCCAGAAAAAAGAUAUUGUACAACACUUGGAAGGAAUUACGGGAAUUGAUGAGUUUGUUCUUAAAGGCGGCUCACCACAGCGGGUGAGCCUGGGUCGUCGCAUGAGUUGGGCAGCAGGUAGGAAGACGACCCGAGAUGAAGACGUCGCAUAUUCACUCCUUGGAAUAUUCGAUGUUAACAUGCCUCUUCUAUAUGGUGAGGGAUCCAAAGCAUUUCUCCGUCUGCAGGAGAAGAUCUUGAGACAAUCUGAUGAUCACACAUUGUUUGCAUGGAGGGCAAACCCUCAAUCUGAAGAUGACGAGCAGCUUCGCGGCCUUCUUGCGCAAUCUCCGGACGAAUUCGCCAACUUUCGAGACUGGUCAUACCACGACUUUCGCGGCGACUUAAGCCCUAGAAGCGACAACAUUGUGCAAAUAUGGCCGCGUAGCCCAGUGGACGUGUCCAAGCGAGGUAUUCACUUUGUCUCCAAGACAAAAGCAAUCGGCCGCCGAAGCAUCCUUGAUAUUCUACUCUUUCGUAGGCAUGCUCCGUCUCUCAUCCUCCCCUUAAACUGCAGCAUUGGCGGCGAUCCUCAAAGAGUGGUCGGGCUGUACUUGCAACUUCAGGAUGGUAACCGAUAUGCUCGCGCUCGUCCAUCCGAACUGGCGGACAUGCCCAUACCAGGCGGCAGGAACAUGGCUCUGUGUGGUAUCCGCGCGACACCAGAACUCAAGAUUGGAUAUUACGACAAGCCAUGGGGUGCCCGGCCACCGGAGAAAAGCAACGCGGAAACCUUGCAUGUUGAGGCCACAGCACUUUCACCGCGUCGAAACACCAUGGCUUACGGGUACUAUUUGGCUGGGAUAUUUACCGCCGAGGAGGAAGGCGGACCGUUGCGGUGUUACAGCUAUCAGCAUGAGUAUCAGGAAGGCCAAGCUCUCAACUCAGCCUUAUUUCUGCAGCUGAAGCGCCACCAUCGAUGGUCAUUGCUGUUGAAGGGAAGGUCAGAGGGCGAUAUUGUUCUUGUGACUUUCUGGGUGCUCGACAAGAAUCUAAGGUUUGAUGCUGUUAGGCUGCAGCCGUCAAAAUUGCAAGGCGAAUCAGGUGCCAUCACAACCGCUCUCCGAACUAUGAAGCCUCCCCAAGUUCCUUACUACGAAAAGUACAUACGCAUGGCAAACUACAGCCGCGAGUUGAAGCUAAGUCUACGAGAGACGGAAAUCCAGGGUCGGAAAACCUGGGACUUGAAUAUCAGGAUGGUAGAUCGAGGCUUCUGGGUCAGGAUAGGAUUGGCUAUAGAAACCACCGUCAUUGCUGGGGCUUGUACCAUCACAUGGAUGCCAUCUGUAUGA